CUCAACAAAGCAAGUACUCUUAAUUUAGUAACAGUGUUGAUUUAUCCACUCGUUCACUACAUUUGGCGUCGCCGUACAAGGUUUUUUUGUAUAAAGUCAUUCAUGAGGUUACACCAACAACUCCUACAAAUAACACAAUAAAAAAUGACCUGAGACCAAAGGAAAAAGAAUAUUCAGGCCCCAAGAAAUUGUCCAGUACGAAUGUUGAUGGAUUACGAUCCAAAGCGGGCAGAAUGGAUGAAAAUAAUACAAAGAAAAUAUCAAAACAGGAAGAAAUAACCAAUGAAGACCGGGUAUGCAAUAACACGCUGUGUGAUAUGAAUGGUGGUACUUGUGGUGUAUUUACCUGUAAAACAGGCGGCGAAUCAUGUGGGUCUGGACAUUGUCCUGUCGGUGCAAAGUGUGUAAAUGACGUCUGUAGAGAUAUUGUUGGAAUUACUGCAUUCCAUACAUACCACCAUGUACGUUAUUUGGUUAAACGAGGCGAAUCAUGUGGGUCUGGACAUUGUCCUGUCGAUGCAAAGUGUGUAAAUGACGUCUGUAGAGUCCUGUGUACUAAUGAUUUAUGUAUGUUUGGUACCUGUGACACAGCAACAGACACAUGCAACGUCCCAUUUUGUGAAGAACAUUUUUGCUGGAUAAUUCAAACAACUUCUAAAAGCUUCACGAGAAAACAUGACCUAAGACCACCAUCACGACCCAGGGCGAGCAAAGUGAAUGAAAAUAAUAUAAAUAACAUAUCAACACAAGAAGAAAUAGCCAAUCAAGACCGGGUAUGCAAUAAAACACAGUGUGAAAUGAAUGGUGGUGAUUGUUCAAUAGUGUUCUGUGCAACAUACGAAACAGAUUGUGGAAGUGUUGUUUGUAAUGAGCUGCAAGUGUGUAUAAAUAAUACGUGUACAGAGCCCGAUACUCUUUACAGUACUGGGUUAUGUAAGACCGUUAAAUGUUAUACCACUGAUCAAGGUGAAUCAUGUGGUUCUGGAUAUUGUACUGAUAAAUUAUUUGAAAAGUGUAUUAAUAGCGUUUGUAGAGUACGGUGUGAUUAUGAUGGUAAUUGUCUACAUGGUACUUGUGACACAGGAACAGGCACGUGCAACGUUCCGUGUAAAACUUACGAUGACUGCCAUGGUACACAAUGCAUCGGCGGUUUCUGCUCUGCCCCAUUAUGUGGAGAACCAUAUUGCCAGGUUAGACCAACAACUUCUACAAAUAACACAAUAAAAAAUGACCUGAGACCAAAGGAAAAAGAAUAUUCAGGCCCCAAGCCAUUGUCCAGUACGAAUGUUGAUGGAUUACGAUCCAGGGCGAGUAGAAUGGAUGAAAAUAAUACAAAGAAAAUAUCAAAACAGGAAGAAAUAACCAAUGAAGACCGGGCAUGCAAUAAAACACAGUGUGAAAUGAAUGGUGGUAUUUGUUUUGUAUAUAAGUGUAAAAGAACCGAUACUGUUGAAUAUACUGCAUUCCGUACAGCCCGUUUUGGUUAUUUCGUUGAACAAGGCGAAUCAUGUGGUUCUGGACAUUGUCCUUUCAAUGCAAAGUGUAUAAAUGACGUCUGUAGAGUACCGUGUGGGCAUAAUCAUAAAUGUACAGGUGGUUCUUGUGACACAGUAACAGGCACGUGCAACGUUCCGUGUGAUACUCCCGCUGACUGUACUGGAUUUCAAUGUAUCGGGGGUACCUGCUAUACCCCAUUAUGUGAAGAACAGAUUUGCAGGAUAAUUCAAACAACUUCUAAAAACUACACCAGAAAACAUGACAUAAUACCACCAUCACGACACAGAGCGAACAAUCUGGAUGAAAAUAAUAUAAAGAACAUAUCAAAACAAGAAGAAAUAACCAAUCAAGAUCGGGUAUGCAAUAAAACACAGUGUGAUAUGAAUGGUGGUACUUGUGAAGUAGUGUUCUGUGAAACAAACGGCCAAUCAUGUGGUUCUGGACAUUGUCCUUUGCAUAUAAACUGUAUAAAUGGCGUCUGUAGAGCCCAGUGUGAUAAUGGUUUAUGUGCCGGUGGUACCUGUGACAGAUCAACAAACACGUGCAACGGUAAAUAUACCAGUUUUUAUUAUGUUAUAGAUAGGUGA